AUGGCUCCCACAACGCAGGCCGUCCAGACUUUCGGCAAAAAGAAGACCGCAACUGCUGUUGCGCACGCCAAGGAGGGACGUGGUCUCAUCCACAUCAACGGCUCACCCAUCGCUCUCCUGAGGCCUGAGAUCCUCCGCUUCAAGGUGUACGAGCCCAUCCUUGUUGCCGGCGAGGACGCGUUCUCGGCGAUCGACAUCCGCCUGCGUGUGAAGGGCGGUGGACACACUUCCCAGGUCUACGCCAUCCGCCAGGCGAUCGCGAAGGCGGUCGUUGCGUACUACGCCAAGUACUUCGACGCAGCGAGCGCGCUCGAGCUCAAGAAGAAGCUCGUUGCCUACGACAGGACCCUCCUGAUCGCGGACCCCAGGAGAGCGGAGCCGAAGAAGUUCGGUGGUCACGGUGCCCGUGCUCGUCGCCAGAAGUCCUACCGGUGA